CAACGGGAGCCGGCGAGGAGCUCACCGCGGCCCGGCCGGGGCUCCCGCGCUGCCGGUGCCCUGAGGGGCCUCCCCUCCCCCGGCCCGGCGGCCGUUAGCAGCUCCCUGCACCUCUCCCUCCCCUCCGCGGGAGCUGGGCAGGCGGCGCCUGACAGCCCGCGGCCGCUGCCCGCCAAAGGCGCUUCCUCGCAGCGAGCACAUCCUGCGGCAGCCGGGCGGCGAACUCUUCUGUUCCUUAAUCAAAGGAACCAUCCAGAAUUGUCAUUCCAUGGAACUGAAAUAUUGGUGAAGUAGUUCCUUAAACAACUGUAAAAUGGAGCCGAUAACAUUCAAAGUUAAAAAGUGUCAAACACCUAGUGAUUUCUCAGCAAGUUUCAGUCUCCAGCUCAUUGGUUCUCUGCCAGUGCAUUCCCUAACCACCAUGUCCAUGCUGCCUUGGAUUGUGGCAGAGAUCCGGAUGCUCAGUACAAAGUCUUCCAAAGAAGAACCUAGCAUCAGCCAAAUCCGACUGUAUAUUUCACCAGCAAGUUUGCGAUGUGAACCAGACACAGGGAAAAUACAGCAGUGGGAUCCUUUGAUUUGUUCAAGUUUGUUUGAAUACAAGCCACAGCAAGUCCACAAACUGAUUCACAACAGCCACGAUCCAAGUUACUUUGCUUGUCUGAUAAAGGAUGGAGCAGCAAAACACCAAAGUAUCUGCUAUGUAUUUAAAGCUGACGAUCAGACAAAAGUGCCUGAGAUUAUAAGCUCGAUUCGACAAGCUGGAAAAAUUGCUCGUCAAGAAGAGUUUCAGAAUAACCUCUCGGAUGUUGAAGACCCUUUUGCCAAAAAGUUUGAGGUGCUGUUUUGUGGACGAGUGACAGUGGCACAUAAAAACGCACCUCCGGCACUCAUAGAUGAAUGCAUCGAGAAAUUUAAUCACGCAAGUUGUAAAAAAAAAUCUGAUUUCAACUCAUCAUCCCAACAACAUGAAACUGCCAAUAACUUUGGAGGCUUCUCUUUCAGCAACAAAUUUCGGUCUGUCUUCCAGCCCUUGGUCAGUGAAGAGGAGGAGAAAAGGCCGAUUAGGAAAUCUUUUUCUCAGCCUGGGCUUCGUUCCUUUGCUUUUAAGAAGGAUUAUCAAGAGGGAAGCCAUAGGAGUAACAGCUUUGUCAGGUCUUUUGAAGAAGAUGCAAUUUCACUGAACCUAAAAAGUCAACUGAUCUGUGGACACAGUGUUGUGCAGCCAACAGACAUUGCAGAAAACCGGACGAUGUUGUUUAUGAUUGGCCAGUCUGAAGUUUACCUUAUCAGUCCUGACACAAAAAAAGUAGCAAUUGAAAAAAGCUUUAAAGAAAUAUCCUUUUGUUCUCAGGGAAUUAGACAUGUGGAUCACUUUGGGUUCAUCUGCAGAGAGUCUUCAGAAAGCGGAGGCUUCCACUUUGUUUGCUACGUGUUUCAGUGUACAGAUGAAGCACUGGUUGAUGAAAUCAUGAUGACACUGAAACAGGCUUUCACCGCAGCUGCUGUGCAACAGACUUCCAAGGCACAGCCCCAGCUCUGUGAAGGGUGUCCUAUACAAAGCUUGCACAAGCUCUGUGAAAAGAUAGAAGGAUUACACCCCUCUAAGACCAAACUAGAACUACAAAAGCAUCUAACAACACUAAAUAGCCAGGAGCAGGCCUCUGUUUUUGAAGAGGUUAAGAAACUAAGACCAAGAAAUGAUCAAAAAGAGAAUGAGUUGGUUAUCUCUGUUUUGAGAAACAUGUAUGAAGAAAAACAGAAGGAUCAUGUUCAUGUUGGCGAAGCAAAACAGACUUCACAGCCCCCUGCUGAGAAUGCCGUCAAUGAGGUGCCCAGCAGUGCUCCCAGAUUCAGAUUAGAUAUGUUAAAGAACAAAGCAAAAAGAUCUCUGACAGAAUCAUUUGAAAGUAUCUUAUCACGUGGCAAUAAAGCCAGAGGUCCUCUGGACAGUGCUGGUGCUGGGGAUUUGGAGACCUCCAUGUCCAGUACUGUAAGCACCACAAGUAAAGAACCACCAUUGUGUGAAAAGGAAAAAGACAGACUUCCUACGCUUCCUGCAGAAAACGCUGUCAAGACCAGUGGAUCAGCGGGUGAUCUCCCCAGCAAUGCAGAUGAUUCUUUUAUUGAACAGUCUGUUAUGUUACCUCAGCAAAGCUUUCGGAGGCGAGCAAACACACUCAGUCACUUGCCAACAGAAAGCCAGGAAUCUCUGGUACCUGUUGAAAUGUCGCCAUCUGUUCCCCAGAGGAAACUUAUGAGUUCUUCUGGUCAACUUGCACGUUCUCCUGCUCUAGCUCGUCUUAAUCCCUCGGCCUCUUCACCCAACUUUUUAAAGUAUCUAAGGCAUAAUUCAAGUGGAGAACAAAGUGGGCAUUUUGCGCAAAAGAGCAUCUCCUACCGUACUGCCUUAAGGAAAAAGCUUCAUUCUUCCUCUUCUGUGCCAAAUUUCUUAAAAUUUCUGGCUCCUGUAGAUGAAAAUAACACCUCUGACUUUAGGAGCACAACAAGUGACUACGAAUCCAAGCACAGCCAGCAGGCUGCUGGUGCGGACAGCCCUGUACGGACUCGGCGGCAUUCGUGGAGGCAACAGAUAUUCCUGCGAGUUGCAACCCCUCAGAAAGCAUGUGAUUCUCCCAGCCGAUAUGAUGAUUACUCCGAACUGGGAGAACUUCCACCCAGGUCCCCAUUGGAACCAGUGUGUGAAGAUGGCCCCUUUGGGCCAGUGAAAGAAGAAAGGAAGCGGACACCCCGUGAGCUUCGCGAGUUGUGGAAGAAAGCCAUUAUUCAGCAGAUACUGCUCCUCAGAAUGGAGAAGGAAAACCAGAAGUUACAAGCUUCAGAAAACAAUUUGCAGAACAGACGUCUGAAACUUGACUACGAAGAAAUCACACCAUGCUUGAAAGAUGUAACUUCGAUUUGGGAAAAGAUGUUGAGUACACCUGGAAGGUCAAAGAUUAAAUUUGAUGUGGAAAAAAUACAUUCUGCUGUUGCACAAGGAGUACCACGUCACCACCGUGGGGAGAUCUGGAGGUUUCUAGCAGAGCAAUACCAUCUUAAACAUCAGUUUCCGAGUAAACAACAACCAAAGGACACACCUUAUAAAGAACUCCUGAAACAACUAACUUCCCAGCAACAUGCGAUACUUAUUGACCUAGGGCGCACGUUUCCAACACAUCCGUACUUCUCAGCACAGCUUGGAGCUGGGCAGCUGUCACUCUACAAUAUUUUGAAGGCCUAUUCACUUCUGGACCAGGAAGUAGGAUAUUGCCAGGGCCUCAGUUUUGUAGCAGGAGUUUUACUGCUUCAUAUGAGCGAGGAAGAUGCUUUUAAAAUGCUGAAGUUUCUCAUGUUUGACAUUGGCCUGAGGAAGCAGUAUCGUCCUGAUAUGACAAUUUUACAGAUCCAGAUGUAUCAACUGUCUCGACUGCUUCAUGACUACCAUCGAGACCUCUAUAACCACCUAGAGGAGCAUGAGAUUGGCCCCAGCCUUUAUGCUGCUCCUUGGUUUCUCACCAUGUUUGCAUCCCAGUUUCCCCUUGGAUUUGUAGCCAGAGUAUUUGACAUGCUCUUUCUUCAAGGAUCAGAGGCCAUAUUUAAAGUGGCUUUAAGCCUUUUGGGAAGCCACAAGCCCUUGAUUCUGCAGCAUGAGAACCUAGAAACUAUUGUUGAUUUUAUUAAAAGCACUCUCCCCAACUUAGGCUUGGUACAGAUGGAAAAGACCAUUAGUCAGGUGUUUGAAAUGGAUAUUGCCAAGCAGUUGCAAGCUUAUGAAGUUGAAUACCAUGUGCUUCAGGAUGAGCUUAUAGAUUCAUCUUUAAAUGACAAUCAAAGACUGGAUAAAUUAGAAAAGGCAAACAGUAGCUUGCGCAAACAAAACUUUGAUCUUCUGGAAGAACUGCAGGUGGCUAAUGGAAAGAUCCAAAACCUUGAAGCCACAGUAGAGCUUUUAUUGACCAAUGAAGGCAAACUGAAGCAGUCCAUUCUCGCUCUUGAGCAGGAGCGAGCGGCUUUGCUGAAAGCAGUGGAAGAGAUGCGGAAAAAGAUGGGUGAUACAGACGGGAAGCCUCUGCUUACUAAACACACGGAUGCUGACUGACAUUCACAGUUGUAAUGUCAGAGCAGAGGAGCUGAGCAAAGAAACAAAGGGAAGAACUGGGUCUUUUUGUCAUGAUCCAUGGGAAUUUGACAUUGUCACAUUCAUUGUACAUGCCUUACUGUAGCAAAGCAAGAUACAGGCAUGGUGGCUUCCCGCAUCAGAGAAGCUGCUUUCUCGGGGAGAAGGCUCUUUCUUCUUAGUAUGUAGAAAUACUAUGAACAGUAAGAUGCCACGUAAUAACAAGCUGGAGAAACUUAAUAGUGCGUGCAGUCAUACACAGUACACUGUAAAGAUGUCAUGGAUACUUCCAUAAGUGCUUCUAAACCUAAGUGCUUUGUGUCUGUUCCAUAUUUUGUGUGUAGAUCACCACCACAUGAAAUAGCACAUCCUUUAGAAGGUGCAUUGAAGAAAUAACAGCAGUGUAAAAACUUGGAAUGGGUGACUGCCCCAUUGCAGCUAUGCCAUGGUGACAUUUACAGAGAGUUUUGUGAUUGGACUCGAGAUAUUUAUGACAGUCUAAUUCCCCUGCAGCUUGACUGGGUUCUGAUAAUGAUGUUGUUUACACUUCAGAAAACUGCUUCCUGAUGCUUGAAGGUGUCAAAUCUAUUGGACUCCAGGGAGCUGGACUUCAUCAUAUGUAACUAUGCAUAAUUGUGGCGUUGUUAUUGGUUUUUAUAAGUACGUUGUUCUAAUAUUUUUUGUUUAACAACAGUUAAUUUAGUGUAUCAUUAGUUGGCAUUAUCUGAUAUACUGUAUAUAGUAACUGCAUUGUACUUAACAAAAUACACUGACAUACCUGUAACUCUCGCAGCAUCAUCCCAGGAUUUAUAUUCAGAUUCUUCAGGUUUCAUCUUAUUUAUUUCUGAUGUGCUGUGUGAUGUAAGACAUCCUUUUGCUGGGAAGCUAAUGCCCGCUGUCAUUUUUUCCCCCCUUUAUUUAGUACUCUGUGCCCACCCAUCCUCUGGGAGAUGUUAUUCUUUAAGACUUUUUCUGAAGUAGUGGAGGCAUUUCAAGAGCUUCAUGUUGUGCCAGAUAUGCCUAAACUGCUUUAUAAAGGGCAGGGCAGUUUGAAUUAGGAUACCAUUAUUUUUACAAUGCGUCUGUCGAAUAAGAUUACACAUGUAAGCAAAAAAAAAAAUAAAUAGACCGAACACCUCAUUUUCCUUAAUGCAAUGAAAGUAGUUUUCAGGCCAGUGAACGUACCACUGCUAUAAGUGCAAUAAUAUCCAUGUAUAUCAGGUGAUUUGGGUUUGCUUCAGAAUUAAGAAUAGUACCAUAUUCAGUCCCCAAGCACAGGCUAAUAGGCAUCAGUGUUUUGUUGUGGUGGAGACUGACCCAGGAAAUGUGACUUUUCUUUUUUCUUAAAUGGAUGUUUUUAUUUUCAGACUUUCAAAGCCCACAGUUCAUUUUCUCUGACUAGCAAUGUAGAAAAGGGUUUGGUUUGCUUUUUCCUUUUCUCAUGCAAUUCCCCCCAACACAUCAUGGUUGUAGUUUAAUAGGAGAGCUGCACCUUUCAUCUACUGUGCAGAACAAAUAUGUCUAUGUAGGUGAAAAUAAGAGAGAAUUUACUUUUCAAUUUCUAGAAGCUUUGUUUGACUUUGUCUUAAAUUUGUCUGGUUCUUGCAAAUUCACUCCAUAUUCACUUAGUAUUCAAAGUCCACAUAAAUCACUUAUUAAUCCAUUUACCUCUUAGGCUUAUUUUUUUAUUUGGAAAUCCAUAUUGAAGCUCAUGCUUCAUGUUUAAAAUCUUGUCAUAAUGGAUCUCAUACUGUUAGAGCACUCAGUAAUACUGCAUUUUUACAGCAUAGUGCCAUAAUUCAUACACUGACUUUUUAACAAGAGCAAUAAAAAUAAUAACAAUAA